AUGUUCAUGUCAGAGAAUGAUACGUCUCGCGAUAUUGAAUUGCUUGUUAAAGCCCGGGAUGAAUACAACGUCAAGCUUGUUCCCAUCACGGUUCAGCACAAGGACAAUGCAGACGCUACAUGGGCUGAUUCAUUCACCAAGCUUCUUGCUUUCAAUCAGACACAAUACAGUCGCGUCCUGUCCAUCGACUCAGACGCAAUGAUCCUUCAAAAUAUGGACGAACUAUUCCUUUUACCGCCAGCUCCAGUAGCGAUGCCUCGCGCAUACUGGAUGCUCCCAGAUGCAGAUAUGCUCUCCUCACAGGUUAUUCUCAUCCAACCUUCCAAGACAGAGUUCUCUCGCGUCCAGGCCAGAAUAGAUUCAGCAUCUAAAAACGAUUAUGAUAUGGAGAUCGUCAACGAUCUCUACGGUCAUAGUGCACUCGUUCUUCCACACCGUCCGUACGAUAUGAUCACCGGGGAAUACCGGGAGGAGAAUCAUACGAAAUAUCUCGGUUCUGAUGCUGAAACUUGGGACCCCGUCGCUGCUUACAAUGAGGCCAAGCUUAUUCACUUCUCCGACUGGCCGAUCCCAAAGCCAUGGAUACCAACGCCCGACGACCUUCAGCUUGAGAUACAGCCCCCUUACUUUAAGCUGAAGCGCAAGGAGGUUUGUGACAGGUACAUCUACUUGGUAGCAGAGAUGCAAACCUUCACUCUAAAGUCUUAG